UGGGGCAGGAAGCGGGCGCUGGGGCUGCGGGUCCUCUCGGGCGCGCGGCGGCUUCCUCGCGCGCGGCCCGCUCUGCAGAGCGGCCGGCCGGCUCGCCCGAGAGCGCGUUCCUCCGCCCCGCGCUCCUCCACCCACCCACCUACUUCCUCCGGCUCCGUACACUCCAGCACAGAGCUGCCAAAAAUUUCCACCCUCCGCCCCCCUCCCUAGCUGACUUCCUUCCAGCGUUUCCUGAGCUGGAUGAUCCUAGGAUUUGUAAGACAGGAAAAAAAGGAAGGCGCGAGGGCGGGCGAGAGAGACAGGAUGCUUGUUUUGCGCUCUCCCAUCGCCGUCUGAAGGCCAGGCAGCGGGCGCCGGGAAGAGGACCCACGGCGGCCGCCGGGUGUCCCUCGUCCUCGCUGCCGCCCGGCUCCCGCGCGCUCGCCCUCCAGGGCAGCCCCAAAGGCGGAAGGGGAGCUCGUCCUGCCCCUGAAGCGGAGGGAAACACCCCAAGACUCCGCGGGAGCCUGUGAAAGUCCCUGGGACUCCGAGUGAGGAAGCGACACUCCCCGGCGAGCCGGCCCGCCGCCGCCAGCUCUGCACGGCCUCCGGCACGGCGGCCCUGGAGGCGCGCGCCGUGGAGCUCAGGCUCGCCGCCCGCACCGGGCUCAGUGGCCCGCGGGCUGGGUGCGCGCUGCCGGGCCCCGCUCUGCCGCCGGCGCCCGCCGCGAGUCUAACCCCGGAGACCACCCUCGGCGCGGGGCCAAGCACAGGGGAGGCGAGGCGGAGGGGCAACCUCGCUGGGACUAACUCAUGAAGAACAAGGGUGCCAAGCAGAAGCUGAAACGAAAGGGAGCCGCCAGUGCCUUUGGCUGUGACCUGACCGAGUAUCUGGAAAGCUCAGGACAGGAUGUCCCAUAUGUUUUGAAGAGCUGUGCAGAAUUUAUAGAGGCUCACGGGAUUGUGGAUGGAAUUUAUCGGCUUUCAGGAGUCACCUCAAACAUACAACGGCUAAGGCAAGAGUUUGGCUCAGAUCAAUGUCCAGAUCUGACAAGGGAAGUGUACCUCCAGGAUAUCCACUGUGUGGGCUCCCUCUGUAAGCUCUACUUUAGGGAGCUGCCCAACCCCCUCCUGACUUAUGAGCUCUAUGAGAAAUUCACGGAGGCUGUGUCACAUUGCCCAGAAGAAAGCCAGUUGGCCCGAAUCCAAAAUGUUAUCCAGGAGCUUCCCCCGUCCCAUUAUAGAACCUUGGAAUACUUGAUUCGACACCUGGCCCACAUCGCCUCCUUCAGCAGCCUGACCAACAUGCAUGCCCGGAACCUGGCCCUGGUGUGGGCACCCAACCUGCUCAGGUCCAAGGAAAUCGAAGCCACUGGUUGCAAUGGAGACGCAGCCUUCCUUGCAGUGCGGGUCCAACAGGUGGUGAUUGAGUUCAUACUGAAUCACGUGGAUCAGAUCUUUAACAACAGUGCACCCGGCCCUCUGGAGAACGAUGAAAACCGGCCCAUCACGAAGAGUCUGACCUUACCUGCCCUCUCUCUGCCCAUGAAGUUGGUGAGCCUGGAGGAAGCUCAGGCCCGGAGCCUGGCUACUAACCAUCCUGCUCGAAAGGAAAGGAGGGAGAAUAGCUUGCCUGAGAUUGUCCCUCCCAUGGGCACCCUCUUCCACACUGUCCUUGAGUUACCAGAAAACAAAAGAAAGCUCUCCAGUAAAUCAAAGAAGUGGAAAUCCAUAUUUAACUUGGGACGUUCUGGAUCAGACUCCAAAUCAAAGCUGAGUAGAAAUGGGAGUGUAUUUGUGAGAGGACAGAGGCUCUCAGUGGAAAAGGCCACUAUUCGACCAGCUAAAAGCAUGGACUCCCUGUGCUCAGUGCCUGUGGAAGGGAAAGAAACCAAAGGAAAUUUCAAUCGAACAGUCACCACUGGUGGGUUUUUCAUCCCAGCAGUGAAAAUGCAUUCGACAAGCACUGGCAGCUCCUGUGACCUCAGCAAGCAGGAGGGCGAAUGGAGCCAGGAGGGGAUGCCGGCGGGGGCUGAGGGGGGCUGUGACGUGACUGGCGACCAAGGCCAACUCCAGGGCGCCCAGGCCCGGCCACCCCCUGAGCAGCUGAAGGUGUUCCGGCCGAUUGAGGAUCCCGAGAGCGAGCAGACAGCCCCAAAGAUGCUGGGUAUGUUCUACACGUCCAACGACAGCCCCAGCAAAUCCGUCUUCGCCAGCAGCCUCUUCCAGAUGGAGCCCUCUCCGCGGCACCAGCGCAAGGCCCUGAACAUCUCGGAGCCCUUUGCUGUGUCCGUGCCCCUCCGCGUGUCAGCUGUCAUAAGCACCAACAGCACUCCAUGCAGAACACCCCCGAAGGAGCUGCACUCCCUCUCCAGCCUGGAAGAGUUUUCUUUCCAGGGCUCAGAGAGUGGAGGGUGGCCUGAGGAGGAGAAGCCCCUGGGAGCUGAGACUUCUGCAGCUUCUGUACCUAAGAAGGUGGGUCUCGAGGAUGCCAAGCCAGCACCAGAAUCAGUGAGGACAACAGAAUGCAGCAAAAGCCUUUCCCUGGAGCCAGGCACCCAACUGGAGGAGAAGAAAACCUCAGAAAGUUCCCUGGACUCUCAACAUGCAAGUGAAUUACAGAAGAGGCUGGAUCCAGAGAAGGUGGUGGACAAAGGUCAAGAAGCUGGCCAGCUGGAGUCCUGUGCUCUGCCCGAGAGCCCCAGGGCCAGAGCUGAAGUGGGGUUUCUCCAGGAGAUGGAUGAAGACGAUCUGGCCAACGCCCUGAUCUGGCCUGAGAUUCAACAGGAGCUGAAAAUCAUUGAAUCUGAGGAGGAGCUCUCCUCGUUGCCACCGCCUGCUCUAAACAUCAGCCCAACUCAGCCAGUUCGGGAGUCCAGCCCAGUCGUGGCGCCCCCGGAGCCUCCCGGGAGCCUGCCUUGUGGCUCCGCCCCAGUUCCAGUCUCUGCCCCCCUGGAGGAGGGGACUAGGGAUCCAUCCAAUCAGAGCAUAGAGGGGGCUUCCGUGGCAGCCAAUACAGAAAAGGACCAGACGACCUGCAGCCUCUACAGAUGUGUUCCGGAAAAGGGGCAGCGCCCAGACCCCACCGGCCUAGCUCCUCUGGAAAUAGUUCCGUUUGAGACGGCCUCUCCACAGGCAAGGGAAGAGGUGGGAGACCCAGGGAAUCUGUCUCCGCGGCUACCGCCUGCUCCGCCGCCUCCAACUCCUCUGGAGGAGGCGCCUCGAGUCCAGCUAUCAAAGGGUGAUCCUGAGAGAGAAGGCUCUCCCGGGAAUGUGAGGAUAAGUCCAUAUACAGACCAGCUUAAAGGCAGCCCUGGGGUCCCCAGCCUUUGUGGAGGAGAUGAGACUUCUUCAGGACAAAGUGAAAAGCAAAAUGCAAAGAAUGCCACUCCUGAAGCAAAAGGCUCUGAUUGUCCAAACCCCACAAGGGAGGGUGAGGUCUCCCCACAAGGAGAGGGGCACGCGGCCCAUUCAGUACAGGAGCCCUCAGACUGUGAUGAAGACGAAACUGUGACAGACAUUGCCCAGCAUGGCCUGGAGAUGGUGGAGCCGUGGGAGGAGCCCCAGUGGGUGACCAGUCCCCUUCACUCCCCGACCCUGAAGGAUGUACAAGAGGCCCAGGGGCAGGGGCCCCAGGGCCACCGAUUGGAGAAGAGGCUUUCCCACAGGCCCAGCCUUCGCCAGAGCCAUUCUCUAGAUAGCAAAACCACCGUUACAAGCCAGUGGACUCUGGAGGGGCCCUCGUCUAGCAGCUGUGCCAGUCUUGAUGCAGAGAGGAAUUCUGACCCUCUGCAGCCCCUGGCACCCAGGAGAGAGAUUACUGGAUGGGAUGAGAAAGCCCUGAGGUCCUUCAGAGAGUUCUCUGGCCUGAAAGGGACAGAGCCUCUUCCCAGCCAAAAGGGACCAGGUGGAUUGCAGCCCAAACCAGCAGAAAUCAGCUCGGUCAGCCCAGCAGAGGGCGAGGAACUAGGGACACACCUGGGGCACAGCCACCCUGAGAUGCAACAAGGUAGUAUUCCUGGGCCAGACAGCAGCAAGGAGAGUUCACCUAGUGUGCAGGACAGCACCUCGCCUGGAAAGCAUCCCCCAAAGUUACAGCUAAAAAGCACUGAGUGUGGGCCCCCAAAAGGGAAAAAUAGGCCUUCUUCCCUCAACUUGGACUCUGCCUUUCCCAUAAUUGACCUCUUCCGGUUUGAGAAUGUGGCCUCAUUUGGUUCAUCUGGAAUGCAGCUCCCUGAGCCAGGAGACCCGAAGGUCACGUGGAUGACCACAUCUCACUAUAAAGCAGACCCGUGGAGGGAUUCCCCCCAGGACCAUCAGGAUCUGGACAUUGUUGCUCAUGCCCUGACAGGUCGCCGUAACUCAGCUCCUGUGAGUGUGUCAGCCGUGAGGACCUCCUUCAUGGUCAAGAUGUGCCAGGCUAGGGCAGUCCCAGUCAUCCCACCCAAGGUUCAGUACACACAGAUCCCACAGCCACUGCCCUCUCAGAGCUCAGGGGAGAGUGGGGCUCUGCCUCUGGACAGAAGCCAAGGGGAACCCAGCUCAAGUGGUGGGACCUCCCAGAAACCUGCCAAAGAUGAUUCUGUCUCCUCAGAAAGCCCAAAGGAAGGGAAGCCAAAGCAAGACACAGGAGCCACUGAGUCCCUGCCAGUGGAUGCCACUACCUCCCAUGUGCGUGAGGGACCCCCCUUUCCUCCAGAACCAGGCUUGGCUAACCUGCUGUCCGCCCAGGACACAGCUGUGCAAUGCAGAAAACGCACAUCAGAGACAGAGCCAUCUGGCGACAACCUUCUUUCUUCAAAAAUAGAGCGACCAUCAGGGGGUUCUAAGCCUUUCCACAGGUCAAGGCCAGGAAGACCUCAGAGCCUGAUCUUAUUCAGUCCACCCUUCCCCAUUAUGGACCACCCACCCCCUUCAUCUACAGUGACAGAUUCUAAGGUCCUGCUGUCCCCUAUCAGAAGUCCCACCCAGACAGUUUCCCCUGGCCUUCUUUGUGGGGAGUUGGCAGAAAACACGUGGGUCACACCAGAAGGGGUUACACUUAGGAAUAAAAUGACCAUCCCUAAGAAUGGCCAAAGGCUAGAGACCUCAACCAGCUGUUUUUACCAGCCCCAGCGGCGAUCAGUGAUUCUGGAUGGAAGUGGGAGGCAAAUAGAAUGACAUCAGUUCACUUGCUGGGGUUUGGAAAAAUGUCAUGCUUCAUCAUCUGGAAGUUAUUACAGGGCCAACUUGCCAUUAUUCCAGGCACAGGUUAUCCAAAUGUGGGCUUAUUUUGGCCUCUUCUCUUUCUUCAGCCUUUUGACCGUUUAUUAGUCCAUUUGUUAGAGAGAGGUCAAGGGAAGGAUCGAUAGAUGAAAUUUAGAUAAGUCCAUAGAAGCAGUUGGGAAAGGUCAGGUAAGGGAAGAGGAUUGCCUCCAGUGAGACUGGGGGCUUGUCUGUGGUGCAUUACUCCCCCCUUGUCAUUAUCUAUUACUGUUGAGCAUUGGCGUUGAUCAUGUCUUUUGAAAGAAAGUGAAGUCCUUUGCCUGUUUUGGAAAAUGUUGCUGUUGAGGAUUGAAGGCCUCCUUUUUACUUCAUGCUUUUUAAUGCUCUUUAAAGCAUGUGUUCUUUUAGACCACUUUGCUGAUUAGCUUUGUACAAGUGUACCACCCAGAAGAGAAGCAGAUUUGGAAAUGCCAACUGACAUACACUUAGACAUCCAAGUGGGUGAAUUUACCUAUCCUCUUUCCCAGGAAUCCCUGCAGACCCAUCCAAGAUGGCUCCAUACACCAGCACAGAAAACCAGGAUCUCUACACAAGAGCCAACUCUGAGACUGGCCCAAUCUAAGAAGUCUUUCUGGCUCUGGCUCCUAUUAAUUUGGGACUCCACCUGUUGUUAUGCUGACCUCUGAUUUAUAAAUCCAGUAGCUGGGCAGGGUGGGGGCUGAGCUGAGGAUGACCUCAAUGAAAUAUGCUGGGUCUUCACUUGGGUAUGCAAAAGUGAAGCGAAGUGAUCGGCUUUCUCUCCAGGAUCAGAGUCCAAGAACAGAAAGUCAUUACAGGGAAAAGCCUCACACAGGCAGAACUACACUCCAAACUUACUAUGUUUAAAUUGGUGGGGCAUUAGCAGAAAACAUCUCUAGCUCAGCUUCAUUCUCCUGCCACACAAGGCUGGGACCAGCAGCACAGGAGAGGAUAAGAGGGGAGCCCUGGGAGGGGAGGGAAGAGCCCAGGCAGGGUGGCCAUCACUACUGCUUGAUGAGAGCUGCCCUUCUGAAAAGGUAUUUAACAAGUGGAUGGAUGCUUUCCUUUCUCUCUUACCCUCCACUGCUCAAGAGCAGAUUUGAGGCACUCCUCUCCCUUCCAUAAUCUAUCUCCACCACCCACCCCAGGCACCAGGCUUGCUCUUCUGUCUACAGCAAGCAGAAGCAAUAAACCCAUCUGUCUUCAGUUAGAACUUCCAAUGGCUCUUUCCUUUUCAGUGGGUCAGAGGAAGGAGAACGAAUAUAACAUGCUGACAGAUUGUGGGUGCUCCCCCAAAGUCAAAAUCCAUUAGGGUAUCAACACUUUCAGACCUUCUAAGACAACUACCUAGUUUGAGAAACCAAGAAAAACAGACCUACUUUUAGCCCUAUGCAUCUCUUCUCAGGUUCAGGCCUGGCUGAACUCUGUCCAGAAGCUCAAUCAUUGCAGCAAUUUCUCCAAGGUUCUGGCAGUACCUCUGGGCAGACCUCACAACCAAGGCUGGUGCUGCGCCGGGCAGGGGCUGAACUGAAGCUACCUCCUCCAGUGAGAAACUGGAAACUGACGCCCUGCAGCAGAUACAGAUUCCUCCCACCUUUCUUUCCUGAUAAGCCUUACACACAGUUUUGAAAUCUUGUUCUUUACCUUUUAACUGAAGCCAGUGUCUGUGGUGGGGAUAACUGGCAGGCCAGCUGAUGAGUUUUGCUUUCAGAGGGCCCUGAGAUGCGUGAGCAUAGGAGCAGUUAACAGGCCUUUAAGUGUUUUUGCAUUCUCAUUAAGUGAGCGAGACACUGGACCAAUACCAGUGAGAUGUCAACCCACAAGAAAAGUCACAGAGUGUAGCAUUUCCUACCACCUAGGCAAGCAAGGUGAAGACAUACAGUGGUGACAGAUGAAAAAGGCCAUGAUUGGAUGUGAAAAGUACAUUCCUGCCUUAUCAGAAAAUGGGGCAGAUAGGCUUUCUAUGAAUCUCAGCACACUGUGGUGUUUACGCUUUGAGAAAGACCAUAUUCCAGUUAGAAUGUAAGAGAGGGAAGGAACUGCACUUUGCUUCACCAUCAGAACUCUGAGCCAAGAAAUGAAGUAGUUAAGCUAUUUUAUGAUUAUGUUAAAUUUAUGUUUGUAACACCAGAGGAUAGAUAUUUAUUUGAGGAUAGACUGAGAAGCCUACUUGCAUAUUAAUAAGAGCUCAAUUUGAGGCACCUCUGUAGAUUUAUUAAAUGACUGCCAUGUUCCUUAGACUCUGACAUCUUUUGUUUGUAGCAUCACCUUCAGGAGCACGGGUCUGUGGAGGUCAUCAUGAGGCACAGUGACAACUGUCUGGGGAUACUCUCUACUUUGAGCUUUCCUAACCAGUCCAUCUAGAAGGCCUUGGAUGCUAGCUUCCCUUCUCAGUGUCCUGCUGCUAAAAUGUGGACUUCUGUGACUCUCACCCAGACUGCCAGCUGUCACAAACAUUCCCCAACUUCCUGUGGGCUGGAGCUAGCCUGGCACAGAGGAAAUGACAUUCCGUGGCAAAGAAAACUCGUAUUUUUCCUCUGAAUCAUUAUCCCAGGUUUCUUGGGAUGACCUGUUUGCUCACCCACUUGCGGCUGAAAACGAAGCCCCUGCAAAUGGCUGGGUGGGACUCAGACUGCCUGCUCUCACAGGGCAGGGACGCAGGAGGCACUGCUCUCUUAGAGCUACGUGGUGCCCCAGAAAGUGCUACUGAAUCUAAGUCCCAAAGGGCUCCUUCAAAUCAACUUAUCAGUCCUCAAAACGGGGUGGUUUUCAAUGUUGAAUUUGAAGUGAAACAAACGCACGUCCUAAUGUUGUCUUCCAGUGUUAAUGGUUGCUUAAGAAGGUAAAAGCCUAUAUUUAUUGACAAAAUGCCCUCCUGGGCCACCUUUUUUAUCUUUCCUUUUUGGCCAAAAUGGACUAGAUAGAGGGAAUUUGGUUUUUAUUCUCUGCUGCACAUGAAAUAUGAAGAGACCUGAUCAAGAACCUCAUUAAGAUACCGUUAGCCUGAUAAGCCUUAAAAUUCAGAAUAUUGGCCAAGCAAAAUUUGGGAUUGUGGGGAAAUUUAAAAAUGUGAAUAUCAUCCUCAACAAAUAAUAUUUAUCAAGAGCUCAUUAGUAUUGCACUGGGUACCUUGGAGCUCUUAAGUCCUUGAAAAAAGUCUAAUGAAAAAGGGGAGAGAGAGGGUAGCAAAUGAAAGAACCUGUAAACAACCAGGAGCAAGACUUAGAACAAUUAAGUUACCAAAUGAAAUUAGAAGGGGGAACAAUGUAGCAACUAGCUGCUUUUAAUAGGAUUGUUAAUACUGUCCAAGUUAUCUACUGACUUUAAUCAAACACAAUCGCAAGACUGAUAGAAGAUACCAAGGAGACACUGGGUGCUGAGCAUUUGCUUUGAUUGUUUAAAAAAUUAGUGGUGGCUAAGAAGUAGUUCUGAGGUUUUGUGUGGUCUUAAUUGGUUUAGUUAUGAAGUCCUGUUGACUGUCAGCAAAUGAGCCAAGUAAUACCAGCAUUCCAUACUCUUUGGGAGGUCAGCUCAAAAUGGGGAAUGACAGAUUGUUGACAGAAAUUUUAGAGACUUCCAUCAUCACAAAAUGGGCGACCUCUUGUUGUUAAUGAAGUCAUAGGCCCAAGGAUAUACUGUUACUUUCAUGUCUAAUGUUUAGCACAUGAUAAUCCCAUUUGACUAAAAUUGGGUGACACAUUUAUCUACACAGGCCUUGUAUUCCUGCCCAAAGAAGUACUGGGGAACAUAAAAUUCCUAUGUCUGGAUUGGGAGAGGUUCAGGUCAGGUCAGGUCAGGUCCAAGUCCCACCAGGAUUGAUUAGGUCCACAUUCUAACAUGGCCUGUCCUGUGUGAUGACAACAUGAACCUUGGGGCUGAGUGUUGCCAGGACGCUAACUUCAGGCACUUCCAGCAGGAAGGUCAGAUCAAAAUGUAGAAUGACAAAGACCGUGUUCUCCUUUGUCAAUACCUUUUCUAGUAAAGUCAUGCCAGAAGAGGAAGCAACGCCUUUCCAAGCAUGGAGAGGAAUGGGAGAUGGUAGAAGGGUAAUUGCCUGAGAUCAGUAUUGGUCCAGAUUCUAUAAAAUUGGGGGCCACAACAGAUUGCCUGGCAUAUAGAUCAUUUAAUAGCCUUGAGGUUUGUGAGUAAUGCAGGGAUCACUUCUCUAUGAGGAUGAAGGAUUGUAGCUAAAUAUAAGAAACCCACAAAGUACAUAGCCAAGUGUUUUACUGGAUGAAUCAUAAUGCUUUGCAAUAACUUAAUGCCAUAAUACUUCUUGGCUUGUAAUUCUGCAAGGUAAAGCACUUUUUCAAAGAAGUCUGUUAGAAAUCUGCAUGAUUUAAGCUGUUUGUUGAGCUCAACAAAUAUGUUUCCAAAGAUAUAAUCAAAAUGUUUUUCUAUUAAAGUAUAAAUAUUAAAUCUACCCAUAGAGACAUUUAAGUGUAAUUAAAAGACUGUUAUGCUUUAAAAAUGUACUGUAAUAAAUGAUAUAAAAUAUAA